AUGCACCCUAUUUCUCUUCCCAGUCCGAAACUGUAUACUCGAUUUCCCAUGAAUAUCCGGAUCGGCAAUGCAAAUUGUCGAACUUGGAUGAUGUUGUACCUUCAAGUCAGCAUUCGGAAUAUCGUUCUCCGCUUCCUAGCACAGGCACCCAGUCGCUUGCACACGCCAGAUUCAUCCCAUCAAGACCCAUCCUCCCGCCAUGCCCGGUGCCUUUGUACUAUUUCCCCCAAAAAUAUCCCAUAUUCCAUCUAUCCCGUCAUCGCCAGUUCACUUCCUCAGUCCCUCAAAUCAUCUAACCCAAACCUUCGCGUUCACAUUCCCGAUCCGUGGGGGAAGGGAUUGCAGCUUUUUGGCCAGAACUCCAUCCUCGCAAAGUUCACUCAGUCCGAAUUCGAACCGGUCGAGAUCCAACGCAUACGCCUGUUACACACCCUUGCCCCACCGGGGAGCACAUUCGAUUUCGCGUGGAAUAUGUUCCGAAAAUUCUUUAAACAACGAGUCGGAUGCGAAUGGGAAGCUCGUGAGGGCUUCGGGAAGUCAGCUCAUGGUUUGGAUGGAGACCGAGAGGGGAGGAUUGGAGGUGACGAUGGUGCAGAUGAUGACAGGUUCUUUGAGUUCCUGGGUCCAGUCAUUUCAACGCAACAUGGACUUGAUAAUGUUGGCGGACGAGCUGAGACGAUUGAGGGAAAAGAGAGGAGGCCGAGCGUGACGGUUGUGAUGAAUACCAAUGAGCUGGUGGGUCAUGAUCCAGUCGACAUAAAGGCGAAGACUCCAGAAGGUGGAUGGCGAGACACUGAAUUUGGUGGUUGGUCGAAGAUUAUUGAUCGAGAUUCGAGAGAAAGCGAUCCAGAGCUGGGUGGAAGUGAGGUUCAGCAGAGCCGAUGA